AUGACAUAUCUUCGUAAGAUACAUAAGUUUAGGCAGCAAGGGCGUCAUAUUGUAUAUCUGAAUGAGACUUGGUUGAACACCAAUCAUGUAGUAAAGGGUGACUGGCUGGAUGUUCCCAGGACGUCCAUGUCUGUCUUUGAGCCACACUGUAAAGGUACCCAUCGGAAAGUACCUUCUGGCAAAGGUACUAGAUUGAUAAUCUUAGAUGUUGGCUCUUCUCAACAAGGCCUAAUCCCCGGAUGUGGUCUUAUAUUUGAGUCGAAAACCAACAGCUCUGAUUAUCAUGACGAGAUGAAUAAGGAGCACUUUACAGAGUGGUUCAGAGAUACACUUCUCCCUAAACUGCCUCCUCGGUCUGUAAUUGUAAUGGACAAUGCUCCGUAUCACAGUCACUUAGAUCCUGACUCACGGGUACCAAACACAAACAGCAACAAGUUAGAGAUCUCGGCAUGGCUGGAGAAGAGCAAUGUUCAGUAUGAUAAGAAAAUGAAAAAGACCGAGCUGCUUGAUUUGGUGAAGCAAAAAAAGCCUCAACCUAGGUAUAUAAUAGAUGACCUUGCAUCAGCUAAUGGCCAUGAGAUUUUACGCACACCUCCUUAUCAUUGUGAGCUCAAUCCCAUCGAACUGGUUUGGUCUUACUUAAAAGGCUAUGUAGCUAGAAAUAAUUCUAGUUGCAAUAAAAAAGGUAUUACUCAGCUUUUUUUGGAGGCCAAGUCCCAUGUCGAUGCGGAGCGCUGGGCUAAAUUUGAGACUCGCGUGGUAAGGGAGUUUGAGGAAAAGCUCAGGAAACUAGAUGGUAUCAGGGAUGAAGACGUCAAUCCAGUGGUGAUUGACAUGACAGACGAUGACAGUGAUGACAGUCAAAGGACUAUUCCUUACAUGUUUUCUGAGGGGGAGGAGGAGGGGAACAAUGAAAAUGACGUUGACUUUGAGGACAGUGUCCCUGAUACCACCAAUGAUGCUGAUGAGAUUGUGUGCAAUACCUGUGGUAGCAUUGAACCACCCAAAUCCAUUCAAAAGGACAAGUAUAUAUCCUGGUUUCAGUGUGAUGCUUGCGAUCAGUGGGUACACAACAGGUGUUGCACAAAACCUGCUCUUGUGAGGAAUGUCUGUCUUCGGUGCUUUUCCAUUCUUAACCACCGAAACCUCAGUGAACCACUGAUUUCGCCAAUUGAAGAUAUGGAACAGUGA